GAUAUCUAGUUAAAUAAGAGUCAUUAUAAAUAGUUUCUCCGUGGACUUUCCUCAUUUCACUCUGCUCCAGGCAGGGUGGUUUGUACUGCUCCGCCCUGGGCAGGAGGAGAAGGAAGAGGGCCAGGCACCACGUGCCUGCACUCUCCCUGGAUGCUGGAAGCUGCUCCGCCGUGGGCAGGAGGAGAAGGAAGAGAACUGGGUGCCGCCUGCCUGCACUCUCUCCGGAUGCUGGAGGCUGGAGGCAGUGAGGCAGCAACAGCGCGAGGCGACUUUGGAGCUGCCUCAUAUAGCGACCUCGCCUUCCGCUGCGCCUCCUCCCAGAGCCCAAGAAGCCUGGAACCUGUGGGGUCCAGCGCUGAAAGGAGGAGACGGCAACCCAGCCGCGCUUUUGCCUGCACUCUCCCUGGAUGCUGGAGGCUGGAGGCAGUGAGGCAGCAACAGCGCGAGGCGACUUUGGAGCGGCCUCAUACAGCGACCUCGCCUUCCGCUGCGUGUCCUCCCAGAGCCCAAGAAGCCCGGAACCUGUGGCGUCCAGCUCUGAAAGGAGGAGAAGGCAACCCAGCCGACGCACCGCUGGGUUGGGGUCUCCACGACCAAGCUGGUCUCGGCAAGUGGCACCCAACAUGGGGCUCAAACCCGGUUUGAGGAGUUGCUGGAGCAAUGGAGAACAUGGAACUACACUGGAGGAUACCAGAGUACUCUUAAGCAAUCCCAUGGCCAAAACCAGCAGCUGAUUUGGAUAUCAUCAAGACACCUGAAAACUUGUCAUGAACCAGAUGCUGAGGAAGAGAUUUUGGGAGGAACCCAAGGACCCCCCAGUUGCAGCCAUGUCAAGACUGACAAUAAGGAAGACACCAGUCCCAGCAAGCAACACUCAUUGGGCACAGCCACCCAUGUGGGGCCAGAUCAAGAAGUUGACACAGAUGGUAGAAGAAAAUCUGAAGAAAGCGGGAUGACCAUUUACAAUGAGUAAUCUUAUGUCUGCAGAUGUGGAUCCCGAAUCCUGCGAGAAGUAGCCCACCAUGACAAAGCUGCUUUUGCUUUUAUCGCUUUGCAAAAACAGAAAGGGGGACAUGCUGGGAACAGGCCUUAAGCCUGUCAUAAACAGGCCUUAAACUGGCCAUGAACAGGAUUUCUGCACAAAUGUGACGUGCUCGUGAUGGCUAUGAUGCACACUCCUAGAAGUUGUUAGUUUACUGGAGCAGGGUAGGGAACAUCUGGCCCACCCAGAGCAGAAAACUGCUCAAACCACAAACAAUACCAUGAGUGGCCUGUGCCUUAAGAACAUGUUUUUGCUGAAGAUAAUCAGCCAGAGACUGUUUCUCUGCUCCUCCCUAAUAAUGCUUUGUUUUUCAUAAGGAAUGCUUUUAGCUAAUCUGUAACCUAUAGAAACAAUGCUUAUCAUUGGCUUGCUGUCAAUAAACAUGUGGGUCAAACUCUGUUUGUGGCUCUCAGCUCUGAAAGCUGUUAUCCCCCUGAUUCCCACUUGCACUUUAUUUCUGUGUGUUUGUCUUCAUUCCUCUAGCACCACUGGGUUGGGGUCUCCAUGACCAAGUUGGUCUCGGCACAUAUCCAUGCAUGCCAGAUCUUGAAAUCAGCCUUGUGGAGCCUGUGGGUAGGAAAAGUCGACCCUCUGUGCAUGUAGGCCUGGAACCUGGCCGAUACUGUAUUUUCCUGCCACUUUUGGUUUCAAAAGUGGAAACUGUCUAUACAGACCCACUGCAUUUGUUUUUAAAAAUCCUCUGUAAGUGGACUUGCACAGUUCAGGCCCAGAUUGUUCCAGGAUCAACCCUACAGUAGAAAUCAAGUAUCUUUUUCAUUGUCUCUUGGGAUCUGUCUUUUCACCAAUAAAAUAUGAGGGCUGUUGGGAGCAGGCCUCCCAAAUCUGGCCAUAAACUGGCCCCAAAACUGGCCAUAAACAAAAUCUCUGCAGCACUGUAACAUGUUCAUAAUGGCCCUAACGCCCAAGCUGGAAGGUUGUGGGUUUACAGGAAUGAGGGCAAGGAACACCUGGCCCACCCAGGGUGGAAAACCACUUAAAGGCAUUCUUAAGCCACAAACAAUAGCAUGAGCAAUCUGUGCCUUAAGGACAUGCCCCUGCUGUAGUUAACUAGCCCAACCUAUUCCUUUAAUUUGGCCCAUCACUUCGUUUCCCAUAAGGGAUACUUUUAGUUAAUUUAAUAUCUAUAGAAACAAUGCCGAUGACUGGUUUGCUGUUAAUAAAUACAUGGGUAAAUCUCUGUUUGGGGCUCUCAGCUCCAAAGGCUGUGAGACCCCUGAUUUCCCACUUGACACCUCUA